UCCAACUCUUCGAAAUUGUUCAAAAAUUAACCACGAAUGAAAAACGCCUAAAACGCUUGGUAGUUCUAGUGUAAAAAUAGAGCAAAUUUACUUUGUGCGUAUAGAUUGUGUUCGAUUUGCUAAUGUGUUUCUGCUUAAAGUGUAGUGUGUAUCAUCAAAACCAGACAAUUCUUUGACAUGUUUAAAUAGAAAAAAACCAAUGGAAGUAUAGAAAAGAGACGAAUGCAACAGCACCAAGCUCUUGUCUUUUGUUGAGUAUCUAAAAGGAUUUAUUUAUAGUAGCAUACGAUUGUGAAAUAUGCGGUGUGAGUGAGUGCACUCUCCGUUAAUGCACUUUUUGUAUGCACUGUGUUCCUUUGUUGGUCUGGAAAAAGGUUGUUGAUGUCAUGAUGUUUUUUGGAUGGUGUGUGAUGCUUUUAUUUUUCUUUUCGAUAAUUCCAUCGAAUCGAGCGAUUAUAAACUAUUUAUUGAAGAAUCACGCACGCUCUCGUUAUGUAUUUUAUACCGUUUACAUUUGGAUAGGUUAGCAAAACGUUUAGCGCACAACAACAGUUUAAUGUGUGAAUCAAAGGGAUUCUGUUGCUGAGGUGGCAUACAGGACCAGGAGGAACAGAAGCAUCCAAAAACGUGCGUGGGAGUGAUACUAAAACGAACAGAGAGAAGCAAUGCGUUGCGUCCUCACAACAUGAGCACAACGUGAUAAGAAAUCUUCCCAGCAAAAAGGAACGAAAGAGCAAAACCUUGGAGCUUUAGAGUACACUCUCUCGAAGUGAACGGAGUAACCAACGGCAUGGUGUGUAUCCGUUUUAAGGACGGCUCACUAUAAGUGUACAUCGCCAACAUCUAAAUAGACGAAUGGUUAUUGCUCUCGUCCCGAUAACGGGCAUCCAGAGAAAUGAACACCUGAACUAUGUUUGUACUCCCCGGACUUGCGCACUGCUAAACUCAUUUCCAUGAAAACCAUGGCGGGCAGUGGUAGAUCCUUUUGCUUCUCUUUUUUUUUAACCGCGUUUCUCUUUCUCUCUCUCUCUCUCUCUCUCUCCGGUGAAGUUUCCCUCUGGUUAGCAGUUUGUUAUGUGUAUGGUUUUUCCGACUGGCGCUGCAUUCCAGUGUCGCCCAGUCCUUGCGCCCAGUCCUCCACUGGCGGGAGACAUUCAUUUUAUGCGUGAGUGACCCUCCGUGCCAGGGAUAACAAAGACACUCGGUUCGGUGUUCGAAUACAGAACGCGAAACGACAAAACUCUGUUCCACGACGCCAAAUGUGUUUCGUUUCGCCCAAUGUUAACCCCAUUAUUUGCGGGACGUGGAAAAAGGCAAUCUAAAACCAUCCGAGACAUUUGAUUCGGGAAAAGCUUUGUACGGUAGAAAAUGGAGUAGCUUGGCAAAAGGAUAAACAGCAAACGUUUGUACAGUGGCACUGUGAUCAUCUCGAGAUAUUCAACAUUUUUUUAGGUGCGUGUGCGUUGGCCCACUAAUAAGUGUGUUAGUGAUCAGAUUGCAUAUUGUGAAUUGUGGUAAUUUUGUGAAAAAGUGGCUCAAAAUCUAUUUAUCCGUAUGGAUGUAUGAAAACCCUCUGCACAUGUGAAGGUCGCAAAGUGCAAGGUGUGUGUGUGUGUGUGGAUGUAGGGUAUGAUAGAUCUGUAACGACACGCCAACGUAUCCUGGUAUGUGUGUGAAUGUGCAUAAGGAUAAAUGAAAGGAUCGUGUGAUCGUGUGGUUGAUUCGGGCGUUUAAAUCAUUCGAUCAAUUGCGCCAUUUUCCAUGCCGAUGAAAACGCAAAGCUAUUGUGCGAGUAAUCGCGAGCUAGAAGCAAAAAUUGUGCAGCAAUUGUGAAUUAAAUAUAACGCAAAAAAAGUGUACGAAACAUCGGAGAACACGCUAGCACGAUCAUCCGUAGUAUUGUUUAGCUGCUUUCUUCGUGUGCGACGGUGUUGCGACGACGUGGUCAAGACGACGGCACAUUCGCGCUUCGGAUCACGGCACGAUCGGCGGCGGCCAUCCGGUUCCGGCUGAUCGGGUGAAAAAAUGCAUCUGAAAUGUGGAUUAUUGCUACUUUUUACGCUGCUGCUCCUCAACGACAUCGAAAGUGGUUACGUAAGAGAAUCAAAAAAAGCACGUCCCCUCAACGAGUACAUAUCGCACUACGAAAAGUUGAGCUACGAUCAUGAGCAUCUGCAUGCUAGUCACAGCCGGGCGAAACGAUCGGUCACCAAAGAUCAUUACGUACAUCUUAGCUUUAGCGCACACGAUCGAGAUUUUAACAUUAGACUUAAACGCGAUCUCAGCACAAUAAGUGAUAAGUUAGAGAUACACACCGACAAGGGACCGGUGCAAGUUGAUUCGUCCCACAUCUAUCAUGGCGAGGUGAUCGGAGAUCCGGAUAGUUUCGUGUUCGGCUCAAUUUUCGACGGUGUGUUCGAGGGUAAGGUAAUCACCUCGGAAGACGAAUACUAUGUGGAGCGGGCGAAGCACUACUUUCGCGAAUCGUCCAAUCCGGAAUCGCAUCCACUACAUCACACCGGUGACGAUGAGCCACCGUUCCAUUCGGUGAUCUACAAGGACCAGCACGUGGAUGAUCCUUACCGUCAUCGGAGGAAAGGACAUCCGUCCGGAUGUGGUGUACACGACGAGGUGUCAGAGUGGAUGGAUCGGGUCCAGAAUUCGGCUGUUGAGGAUGAAGCUGAUAAUGAAGAGGUGGAAGAGACACAACAAAACGACGAAACAGUGCAGGAGGAUAAACAACAGCGACAUCAAUAUAACGUAAGCGGUUCCAGCCAACAACAACAGCAGGAACCUUUAACAGCUCAGAACAAGCAUAAAUCCAAUGCCAAAGCUAAGCGACGGUCGGCCUCGUUCGAAAAGGACACGCGACCCGAUAUCGGCGGUAACGAAAUUCCCAUCGAAACUGGGUACGAGUUUAAGUAUCCGUACGAAAAAUACUCAAAGGCGGCGAAUUGGCGAGCGGUGGGCGAAAGUGCAACCGACUCCGAAUGGCACUGGAAAGCACAUGAGAGGGUUCGGCGAGCGGCCCGACCCAAGGAAGACUAUCGGAACACAUGCUCGCUGUAUAUUCAGACUGAUCCAUUGCUGUGGAGUCACAUACGUGAUAGCAUCGUUAGUCAUCUACAUAGGGCGCGGCGUACAGAGCUGGAAGAGAAAACGCGGGAAGAGAUCCUGUCGCUGAUCAUACAUCACAUCACUGCCGUAAACUACAUCUAUCGCAAUACCAAGUUUGAUGGACGAGUAGAACAUCGAAACAUUCGGUUUGAGGUCCAACGUUUGAAGAUAGACGACGAUUCAUCGUGUGGUGAAAACCACCAUGAAGAUACGAACCCACUAUGUCUGGAAAACAUCGACGUUUCCAAUUUUCUCAAUCUACAUUCACUCGGCAAUCAUGAGGCGUUCUGUUUGGCGUACGUGUUUACUUACAGAGAUUUCACCGGAGGUACGCUUGGAUUGGCGUGGGUGGCAUCGGCUUCCGGUGCUUCUGGCGGCAUCUGCGAAAAGUACAAGACCUACACUGAAACGGUUGGUGGUCUUUACCAGAGCACCAAGCGUUCACUCAACACGGGCAUCAUUACGUUCGUAAACUACAACACGCGUGUUCCGCCGAAGGUGUCACAACUGACGCUUGCUCACGAAAUUGGACACAACUUCGGUUCACCGCAUGAUUACCCUGCCGAGUGUCGACCGGGCGGUAACAAUGGCAAUUACAUAAUGUUUGCUAGUGCAACGAGUGGAAUCCGGUUAAACAAUGGCAAGUUUUCGCCCUGUUCGGUGCGAAACAUUUCGAACGUGCUAGACGCGAUCGACGAAAACAAGAAGCGCAACUGCUUCCAGGCCUCCGAGGGUGCAUUCUGUGGCAACAAAAUCGUCGAAAUUGGCGAGGAGUGUGAUUGCGGUUUCAACGAGGAGGAGUGCAUGGACAAGUGCUGCUAUCCGCGUGAGAUGACCGAUUCGAUGAAGAUCGAGAAUGCGACAGCGCAAAGCUGUGGACGACGGGCCCGAACACAGUGCAGCCCAUCGCAAGGGCCAUGCUGCGAAAGCAAUACCUGUCGGUUCAUCUCAUCGGAUGCGAAGUUUACGUGCAAGGAGGAGACGGAAUGUUCGUGGGGUUCGACUUGCAACGGUACGACCCCGGAAUGUCCGGAACCGAAGCCACGCGAUGACAAGACGAAGUGUAACAAUGGUACACAACUGUGCAUUAAGGGUGAAUGUUCCGGAUCGAUUUGUCUGCUGUGGAAUAUGACGGAGUGUUUCCUAACGUCGAACAUCAUUCCAAACAUUGACAAACGCAAAUUGUGCGAGCUGGCCUGCCAAAAUGGCAACGAUACCAAUUCGUGCCGGAGCACGAGUGAAUUCGCUCGAGAGUACGGCCUACCGGAUGGUGGCUACAGCUUGCGACCCGGUUCACCAUGCGAUAACUUCCAAGGUUACUGUGAUGUGUUUCUGAAAUGCCGUGCAGUUGAUGCCGAAGGUGCGCUGGUACGGCUGAAGAAUCUGUUGUUCAACAAGAAAACGCUCCAAACGGUGGCAGAAUGGGCGACGGAGCGAUGGUAUUUGGUGUGUAUCGGUGGUAUUUGCUUUAUCAUUAUGAUGGGCAUCUUCAUCAAGUGCUGUGCGGUUCAUACACCCAGCUCUAAUCCGAAGAAAGCGGCAGCCUAUCGAAUUUCGGACACACUGCGCCGUCCGAUGAACACGCUUCGUAUGAUGCGUCGACAACAUCACAACGGAGCCGGACCGCGUAGCGUUCCAGUCCCACGAAACGAACGUUCCCGAAGUGCCGGUGACAGAGGGGGUGGUGGGCGUGGUGGAGGAGAACGAAACGGAGGUGGACGUGGUGCUGGAAGCCGGACGCGAGGUGGUGAUAGCCAUGGUGAUAUGCGCAAUGGUGGUGUCCCUGCGGGACAUAACUCUUCGUCCUCUGGCAACAGCCGACCGUCGAACAGUUCACGUCCGCCAGCACAUGGGUAUGGCGAAGGCCGUGGCCAACAAUACUACCCACCGAAAGCACCACCAACACAGAAUUAUAGCCGCAUGAGCAAUGCGGAGCUGUACGCCGAAGCCUAUCCGGACCGGGGAAUGUACGAACCACCGAGACGCCCGUAUGCUAAUAAUAAGGUUUGACAAGAUCGACGCCAAACACGAGACCACCACCGUAACAAAUCGCCAACAGCCAGACACCAGUAUCGUCUGUGCAAUCCGCAGUACCGCUACUGUUGGAAACCGUCGUAAAUGUCUUUUUAGUUUCAAUUACGGUAUCCUUCACUUUCUUCCAAUCGCUGCUGUCGAUUUCGUUGAUGAUUUCAUUUAACAAACUCCCUCCAUAGAGUCUCAUUCAACGCAAGAAUGACACGGAUGGUUUGUAAGGAUGUGGAACAAAUCUAAAGAAAGUGCUACGGGACGUAGGUACAGCGACCUAGUUCCUUAUUUUUGUAUCAAUUGAAACAACAAAUAUGUUUACUUCCACACUUAAUGGUCUUCGAAAACAAAAGUACUACAAUGAUUGGCACAUUGCAGAUGUUGAAAAGAUUUCAUAAUAUUGUGAGCGUUAUGGAGAAAACGGAGUAGAAGUUCAUACGUGAUCAAUGGGCAAAGCAAAACCGUUCAUUUAAUGCAGCGCAAAAAUGUUUCCUUUCCUCUUAUGGGCAUAUAAAUCCGUUUAAUGUAAUUUCUCCGUUUUGUAUUGGUGCUUGUUGAUGGAAUUACAUUUUUACAAAGGACUAUAAGCUACCGUGAUAGUAACAGCCAGAUAGUUGAGUAAAGAAAGGAAUUAUAGCUUUUUUAUAUUCUGUCAUACCUUUUCCGGAAGCAGCAAACGAGGAACAUGUAUUUGUUGCCACAUUUAAGAUUCAACAGUUUUGGCAUUUUUAUCUAGGUUUUCACAUCUAAAGAGAAAAGUCUUGCUGGUUGUUAUCAUGGUUCGCAUUUUUUUUUCUCAGACUGUAUUUAAAUAUAUCUUUUUAAGCGGAAUAUAAAGGCCAUCUAUGGUAUAAGAUUGUAGUGGAGGAAGAAUAAGGUGAAACAAAGUGGAUUAGAGUAUAGAACCAUCUUAGGGUUGUCGUUAAACAGGCACGCAUGAAACAGAAUAUGCCGGUUGAUGUUAGUCCGUGCAAGGGAUCAAAUGAAAAUCAAACGAAUGAAAUGUGCAAAACAUGUUUCGCAAGCCAUGUGGAUCGCAAGGCAUCGUCAAGUGCAGCAUUCAGUCUGAAGUCAUGCAAAAUCGUAACAAAACAAACUAUAAAACAUACAUUUACACAAACACACACACACACACACACACACGCGUUAUUCAUCUCUGGGUCCAGCAAUAUAAAAAAAGUAUGAGAAAAGCGUAAUGAAACAUACAAUAACAGAAAAUUGGAAAUGUUUGUAAAAAAUGAAACCGAACAAGAUGUUGAGCAAAGCGAAACAACGUAUGAAACAAACACACUCACCGAAAAAAAGUGGAAGAGUGAAGAAUGAAAAAUGUGCAGAAACCGGUUAGAAAUCGUUUGUAGCUUAACAAGUGAAAAAUAGAUUGAACAAAAAAUCACCUUUAAAAUGGUAGCGUGGAAGACAGUUUGCGUAUAAGAAAAUACAGAGUAUUUAUAUUGUCGAUGCCAAGGGAGAAAAUCCGCCACAUGACGGGAGAGCAAAAAAGGGAUUGAAUGAGUCGGUAUUGAGUGGAAAAGUGGAGGAAGAAAGUUUAGCAAAAUUUUUGCAAAUUGUUUAAGAGAAGAAACAGUAAAGCACUGAUGUGUGUGCUAUGUGUGUAUGUACGUUUAGGAAGAUUUAUUUACUUUGCACGAAUCAUGUACAUCUCACUGCAUAAAAUACAAAGAGAGCGAACUUGAGAUGAUUCUAUGUUCUAUGGAGCGAAUUAUUUUCCCUAUAGGCAAUUAAUUAAUACGCAGUUCCUCUCAUUACGUGUCGUGUGUAAGUUUUUGGGUCGCUUAUCAUUAUUUUUUAAAAUACUUGCUCCAAAGUGUAUUUCAAACGCACAACAUAUUUGAGCGGUAAAGUUUAAGAACUCUAGUUGAAAUGUUGGCUUAUUAUUCGUUUAUUUCGCUUGACCGGGAUGAGAAUGUGAAAAUGUAAACUGGAGCGCAUGUACAAUGCAUAAUAUCAAAACUUUAGGAACAUUUCGAGGAAUGGGAUUUAAUACUUAUGUUAUUUUUCUUUUCUAUUUCAAAAUCAAAAUUUGGAACAGCAAAAAGGGAAGUGUGGUGGAAUAGUUUAGUAAAAUAUUGAUUUGUUACGAAGCGGGAAUGCAGAAGAAGGAAAACCGACUUGAAAGGAUCUAAAUAAUAAUAAAAGCAAAACAAGUGAGGUAAAAAGUAGGCAAACAAUAUUUAAAGCGGAUACAUGUGAUAUAUAUUUUUCUAAAAUAAUAAAUGAAAACCUACUAACUCUGAAAGGGAAACAUAAACAGAAACCAACGCGGACACACACACACCCAGACACAUAAUAGCAAGAGAAUAAUUACUACAGUAUGCAACAGAGAAGCGAAUGUAACAAUAAACAAGCAAAUGUAGAUCAAAAUAAUGUCAAUAGUAUCAACCAAAUACCAACUGUACUGUGUAUCAAGGAUACAAAAACACAAGCUCAAUAACAUACGGCCCGACACACAUAAUGUUGGAUAGGAAAAGAAGCAAAAUGACUGUAACACUCUACAGCAAGAGAGAAAAUAUCGUUGCUUCAGUGCUAGAGCAAACAUAGAAGAUCGAAAUGUGCAAGAAGUAGAAACCAACACAAAACAUAACAAGGAAAACCACACAACAUAAGUCUAUCCAUUUGAAUUGUACAAGCAAAAUGAUGAAAACGAACACGAAACAAGCAAAACUUCUCUACCUUAGGUUCACUCACACGCAAUGCCAUCGACAAGAAAUUCGAACAGCAUAAUAUGCAAUACUCCAUAGAAGAACGUCGAAUGAAACCAUGCUCAAAUAUUUCCUCUCGGUGUCGUUGUACGGUAAAUGUUAAAACUGUUUUGGAUUUUGUAUUCUGUCACAAAACUUAAAAAGAGUGCUUUUCCAUUCCGAGUAUUUUAAGAAUUUGGUAAUGAAUCCUGUUUAACACCAUAGCUUGUGUUCAUCUUUUAUACUUUUGAAUCUUUUAUAGACACUAAACUGUUGCUUAAACACUGCUGAUUUGCGCCAUACAUACAGAAAAUUUUCAAAUUCCUAACUUCAGUAGGUAUUAGACACGUAAAAUCAACUAUGGUGUAAAGCUGAGGAAGCUUUCAAACACGCGUUUAUCGGAUUUUUAGUUCUAUGUAACAAGUCAGUAUGAAAUUUCUCAACUGCUCAGUAUAAAUUUACGUACAGAAAUAGGUCAUAUUUUUACAUCAUUGAACAUUGAAUCUUACAAAAGCAUUUCUACACAUAUUCCUUAAUAUAGUUUGACCGAUAAACCUAUGUUUAAUUAAAAUUUCUGAGCAUGAAGUAUAAAACAACAAUUACGAUAUUUGGGGGAAAAAUCAGAACUGCAAAUUGAAACUCAAAUCUCAUUUCUUUCAUGUCGUUUCACUGCGCAAGCUGAAAUACGAUACGGGUGCGAUGAACUAAUAUAAAAGAAUGCUGUAGUGGCAUUGAGAAAAAAAAGCUGACGAGAGGAAGUUUUCUUUAUAUUCGUUACGAUUCCAUAGUAUCUAAAUUGUAAUGUGGGGAAAGUGUUGGUGAUUGUUACGAACAAAUAUAUAGUGAGUCGAUAUUUUUUCUCCAAAAGUAUUCAGGUUUUUUGGUUGAUUAUUUGCAAAAUCUUCCUAUAAAUGCGAUUUUUAUGUGAAGGAAUGAAGGUACGGCGGAAACGUUAGAAUCUUCUUCAAUGGAGCAGUGCAAAAUCUCAAAAAAGUGUGUAUCAAACAAAAAGCAAGAAACAGAGUUAUAAGAACAUGAAAAUGAGUUGCUGCAUUCAUACAUUUUACACUGAAAUUCAUUCUUCCAAUUGAGUAAUAUGGAAAAGGAAACAAGAUGAUUAUGUAAAAUAAACACAAAAAAAACGUCGAAAAGAAAACUCAAGAACAAACAUGAAACAAGCCAAACUACACAAAUCAUAAUAUGGGCAGAAAGUGAAGCAUUGGGUUAGAAUUAAAUCAAACACUGCUAAUAUUCAAAAAAAAAUAUAAACACUCUGCAGUGUCGGUGUGUAUUUGCUCGAAAAAAAGGAACCCUCCCGAGAAGGCGAGUGUGAAAUUAGAUAAAACAAAAAAACGGUAGUCCAUGAAACUGUGGGAACUAUGUGCGAUACGGAAAACAAAGCAAGUAAAACAUGGACAAGGAAAGGAAAGAGCGUGAGAAUAGUAUGUUUCUAUUAUUGUACCUAUUUGUAAAUGUUUGUAAAUAGCGUUUGAAGCAAGUGAGGGAAUGUAAUGGAAUGGAAUAAUAAGAAGACAAUUCGUAACAUUGAAAAAAGCAAAUCCCGGUUCUAGAGUUCGCGUAAAAGCUUAGGACAAUGUAAAUGGAUCAUUAAAGAUGAGCAGCUGCUAGGAUCUAGGAUCUGACCGGAUGAUCUGAGGGGAAAGUCUGAAUGAUUGCAUUAGUGAUAACACAAUAAAGGAGAAUAAAAAAAUCCUGCUGAAAAAUUAA